CCCGUGGACGCCCGGCCGCGGCUGCCGCAGUUGCGGGGCGGCGUGGGGCGGCGGAGCGGUGGAAGCUUUGCGGAGACCCGCGGGACUCGGGACCAGGGGCCGCCUGGGACACCUGGGUCUGGGGCGCGAGCGAGUUUCCUUGCGCUCCCGGGGAGCGCGCGAGGGGUGUCCCCAUGGCGGGGACUCCGGGCCGCGAUCCUCGGGGCCCCGCGGGGAUUUGUUACCUUCUGGGCACCCUGCUCUCCGGAUUGCUCUCCCCCGGGGCCGUCGCCUUCAAUCUGGAUGUGAUGGGCGCGCUGCGCAAGGAGGGCGAGCCGGGGAGCCUCUUCGGCUUCUCGGUGGCCCUGCACCGGCAGCUACAGCCCCGGCCCCAGAGCUGGCUGCUGGUGGGCGCUCCCCAGGCCCUGGCUCUGCCUGGGCAGCAGGCGAACCGCACUGGAGGCCUCUUCGCUUGCCCCUUGAGCCUGGAGGAGACUGACUGCUACAGAGUGGACAUUGACCAGGGAGCUGAUGUGCAGAAGGAGAGCAAGGAGAACCAGUGGUUGGGAGUUAGUGUUCGGAGCCAGGGUCCUGGGGGCAAGAUUGUUACCUGUGCACACAGAUAUGAGGCCAGGCAGCGAGUGGACCAAAUCCUGGAGACGAGGGACGUGAUCGGCCGCUGCUUUGUGCUAAGCCAGGACCUGGCCAUCCACGAUGAGUUGGAUGGUGGCGAGUGGAAGUUCUGUGAGGGGCGCCCCCAGGGCCACGAUCAGUUUGGGUUCUGCCAGCAGGGCGCAGCCGCUGCCUUCUCCCCUGACAGCCACUACCUCCUCUUUGGGGCCCCAGGAACCUAUAACUGGAAGGGCACUGCCAGGGUGGAGCUCUGUGCGCAGGGCUCAGCGGACCUGGCCCACCUGGACGACGGGCCCUACGAGGCGGGGGGGUUGCUCUUUGUGACCAACAUUGAUAGCUCAGACCCCGACCAGCUGGUGUAUAAAACUUUGGACCCCGCUGACCGGCUCCCAGGACCAGCCGGAGACUUGGCCCUGAAUAGCUACUUAGGUUUCUCCAUCGAUUCGGGGAAGAGCCUGGUGCGCGCAGAGGAACUGAGCUUCGUUGCAGGGGCCCCCCGUGCAAACCACAAGGGGGCUGUGGUCAUUCUGCGCAAAGACAGUGCCAGUCGCCUGGUGCCCGAAGUUAUGCUGUCAGGGGAGCGCCUGACCUCCGGCUUUGGCUACUCGCUGGCCGUGGCUGAUCUCAACAAUGACGGUUGGGCAGACCUGGUAGUGGGUGCCCCCUACUUCUUUGAGCGCCAAGAAGAGCUGGGGGGUGCCGUGUAUGUGUACAUGAACCAGGGGGGUCACUGGGCUGAGGUCUCCCCGCUUCGGCUCUGUGGCUCCCCCGACUCCAUGUUUGGGAUCAGCCUGGCUGUCCUCGGGGACCUCAACCACGAUGGCUUCCCAGAUAUCGCAGUGGGCGCUCCCUUUGAUGGGGAUGGGAAAGUCUUUAUCUACCACGGGAGCAGCCUGGGGGUUGUCAUCAAACCUUCCCAGGUGCUGGAGGGCGAGGCCGUGAGCCUGAAGAGCUUCGGCUACUCUCUGUCAGGCGGCCUGGACGUGGAUGGGAACCAUUACCCUGACCUGCUGGUGGGUUCCCUGGCCGAUACUGCUGUGCUCUUCAGGGCCAGACCUGUCCUCCAUGUCUCCCACGAGGUCAUCAUUGCUCCACGAGCCAUUGACCUAGAACAGCCCAACUGUGCUGGCGGCCACUUGGUCUGUGUGGACAUAAGAGUCUGUUUCAGCUACAUGGCAACCCCCAGCAGCUACAGCCCUAUUGUGGCCCUGAAUUAUGUGCUAGACGGGGACACAGACCGAAGGCUCCGGGGCCAGGUUCCCCGUGUGACCUUCCUGAGCCGUGGCCCAGAUGACCUGAAGCACCAGGCCUCAGGCACCGUGUGGCUGAAACACCAGCAUGACCGAGUCUGCGGAGACACCAUGUUUCAGUUACAGGAGAAUGUCAAAGACAAGCUUCGGGCCAUUGUGGUGACCCUGUCCUAUAGUCUGCAGACCCCUCGGCUUCGGCGACAGGUUCCUGGCCAGGGGCUGCCCCCAGUGGCCCCCAUCCUCAAUGCCCACCAGCCCAGCACCCACCGAGCAGAGGUCCAUUUCCUGAAGCAAGGCUGUGGUGAAGAUAAGAUCUGUCAGAGCAAUCUGCAGCUGGUCCACGCCCGCUUCUGUGCCCGGGUCAGCGACACGGAGUUCCAGCCUCUGCCCAUGGAUGUGGAUGGGACAACAGCCCUGUUUGCACUGAGUGGGCAGCCAUUCAUCGGCCUGGAGCUGAAGGUCACCAAUUUUCCCUCGGACCCAGCACAGCCCCAGGCUGAUGGGGACGAUGCCCAUGAAGCCCAGCUGCUGGUCAGCCUCCCUGCCUCUCUGCACUACUCAGGAGUGCGGGCCCUGGAUCCUGCGGAGAAGCCCCUGUGCCUGUCCAAUGAGAAUGCCUCCCGUGUUGAGUGUGAGCUGGGGAACCCCAUGAAGAGAGAUGCCCAGAUCGCCUUCUACCUCAUCCUCAGCACCUCAGGAAUCACCAUUGAGACCACAGAGCUGGAGGUGGAGCUGCUAUUGUCCACGAUCAGCGAGCAGGAGCUGCACCCCGUCUCUGCCCGGGCCAAUGUUUUCAUUGAGCUGCCACUGUCCAUUACGGGGGUGGCCAUUCCCCAGCAGCUCUUCUUCUCCGGCGUGGUGCGGGGGGAAAGUGCCAUGCGGUCUGAGCGGGAUGUGGGCAGCAAGGUCAAGUAUGAGGUCACGGUCUCCAACCAGGGCCAGUCACUCAACACCCUUGGCUCUGCCUUCCUCAACAUCAUGUGGCCCCACGAGAUUGCCAACGGGAAGUGGCUGCUGUACCCCAUGCGGGUGGAGCUGGAGGGCGGGCAGGGCCCUGGGCAGAAGGGACUCUGUUCCCCCAGGCCCAACAUCCUCCACCUGGAUGUGGACAGCAGGGACAGGAGGCGUCGAGAGCUGGAGCAGCCAGAGCAGCCGGAGCAGCAGGUGCCUCCUGAGCAGCAGGAGCCUAGCACAUCCUGGUGGCCAGUGUCCUCUGCUGAGAAGAAGAAAAACAUCACCCUGGACUGCGCCCGGGGCACCGCCAACUGCGUGUUGUUCAGUUGCCCACUCUACAGCUUCGACCGCGCGGCUGUGCUGCAUGUCUGGGGCCGCCUCUGGAACAGCACCUUCCUGGAGGAGUACUCAGCUGUGAAGUCCCUGGAAGUGAUUGUCCGAGCCAACAUCACCGUGAAGUCUUCCAUCAAGAACCUGGUGCUCAGAGAUGCCUCCACAGUGAUCCCGGUGAUGGUGUACUUGGACCCCGUGGCCGUGGUGGCAGAGGGAGUCCCCUGGUGGGUCAUCCUCCUGGCUGUCCUGGCGGGGCUGCUGGUGCUGGCGCUGCUGGUGCUGCUCCUGUGGAAGAUGGGAUUCUUCAAGCGGGCGCGGUACCCCGAGGCCACCGUGCCCCAGUACCACGCGGUAAAGAUCCCGCGAGAAGACCGACAGCAGUUCAAGGAGGAAAAGACGGGCACCAUUCUGAGGAACAACUGGGGCAGCCCCCGGCGGGAGAGCCCCGAUGCACACCCCAUCCUGGCUGCUGACGGGCACCCCGAGCUGGGCUCCGAUGGGCACCCUGUGCCAGGCACUGCAUAGCGUCCUGGGUCCCAGCGUGGCCGUGUGUCCCCUCCAUCCCUUCCCCAGAGAUGGCGCCUCAGGAUGAAGAGGGCAGAGUGGGCUGCUGGUGUCCCAGCAGGAUUUUCAGGAUCUGUUUCCUCAGAGGCAUAGACCUCUCCCCCCCAAACUUCCCCUUAGAACACUGUGAGAGAAGAGGGGAAAUCAGGAAUAGGGUUGCGGGGUAGGGUGAGAAGGGCGGCGAUGUCCUGAUGCAAGAUGAGGCUAAUCUCUCCCGCUCCCAUUCCCCUAGUAUAACAGGACCCCAAGGACCUGUCUCCCCCAAAGUGCCUUAGCCCAGAAGGUUGGGGAGGAGGUGGCAUUGCUGACUCAGGGGCUCUUCCCUCCCUCGUUUCCCCUCUCCUCUGACCUUAGUUUGAUGCAUCAAUCUAGUGGAUUUUGUUUAUUUAUUAAAAAAAUAUUUGGAACAAA